CCAAAGCGUAAGGAGAGAUCAAGAGCCACUGAGCACACGAGGGUUGUUGGCAGGUCGUUGUUGCUGCCCAGGGUUCUGGGCAGGUUUUAGAAUGUGUCUGCACGCCGCAAGAGGAAGCUGCCUGCGCUCAAGCGUGUAGCCUUUGUCUCUGCGGGGCGUUGGCACGAGCUGGAUAUUGAAGUGCGGGUCCAGGGGGGUCACAGCCGGCACCAGCCCUGCCUGCCGGGGGCUGUUGGCUCCUGCCGGUUCCUCACUGUUACACGUCCUCGGGAAACGAGUGAGGGGAGGACUGACACCUUCACGGUGGUGUUCUAUCUGAUUCAAGGCAAAUCGUAGCUGCUUCAGUUUUUUACCCCCUAAACGGAGUCAGGAUGAUUCAUCUGUUUUUAGACAGCACCCACCUUUAGAAGGUGGGUUUGAUCUGUGUGCCUCUCCAUUCAGUCGCUCUAAGUGUGUCACAAUUAUCAGUGCGUGUCUGAUCCCCAUUAACGACUCCAACCCACUCUUUACUGUGGAAGGAGCAGGCUGUCAGCUGCCCUCGGCAGGGCUGGGGGUGGGGUGCCGGGGCAGCCCGGAGCCCCGCCGGGGCGGUGUCUGGGAUCGCGCCGGCGGCUGCUGACCCCGCCGUGCCCUCGGAGCGCUCGGACGCCGCUCGAGGCUGCGAAAAAGCUUCCAACAGGACAUGAUGAUGAAGCAGUUCAUGGCCAUGUUAAAGAAGAAUGAAAAUGAGCAUCCCCCACCCACCAAACUGCUGACUCUAGCAGAACAGCUUUGCCGGGAGCUCCAGAGCUCUUCUCCUGGUCUGGAGAAGCUGGUUGAAGCCAUGAUGGAAUGCAAGAACAAGAGAGAUUUUCUUACUAACAUCCAUGUUGUCCGAGCUUGUGUGUCCGUUCAUAUGCAUAAAGGGCAACAUGAUGCUGCCUGCAGACUCCUGGAGUAUUGCGAGGCAGAAGAGAAGGAAGAACUGGUGCAACUCUGGCAUGAGAUUCACUACCGGAGGGUUAUGGAGAAACAGCAGACAGAUGCUCUGACACCACUGCAGAAAUUCCGUUGCAGGAAGAGGAAUCCUCCACCUAUUUCCCUUUGUCCUGAAGGUUUGAAGAAUCGAAACUAUUCAGAAGAAGUACGCCAGCACCUGUACAGGUUUGCUGCAGAGGUGACAGCAAAUCCAGACAAGAAACAGCGGGAGGGAUUGGCUCGGGCCAUGAACCUGCAGCCAACUCAGGUCUAUAACUGGUUUGCAAAUUAUCGACGACGUCAAAAAUCCCGCCUCCUUCAUACGGAAGAGCUCAACAACUCGUGUCCUGAGAGGGCUUUGGCUUCCCACAGAAAUGAGCCACAGGAUAAAGGAUCCAACACUCCACAAACUGCAGGUGGAUCUCAUGUGGGCACCAGCCCUGAACAAAUAGAGAUAAACCACAUGCCCUGUGAGCCAGGAGGGGAACAGACAGCUGCACCUCUGUAUAAGCCUCCUGAAGGAACAUAUUUAAAGAUGCUGCAAUCCAGCUGUAUGCAGAGCCCUGAGCUGUAUGAAGCUGGAACAAGCAUGGCUUUGUUCACCACUCACAGCUCUGAACAACCUGUACCUUCUGGCACUGAGGCUGUGAUGGAACCAGGAACCUGCUUUGGCUCUCCUGUGCUGCUGCCUGGAGAAGCAGUGAGCAGGGCUGCUGCCAGCCCCUGGCAGGAGAGCUUUGUCCUGCACUCUUACGAGUCCUUUCCCUCUGUGAAUUAUUGGCUGCCCAUGUGGUGGGCCCCUUACAGCAUGGGAGGAGUCUCUGGCUCUGUGUGGACCCCAGGUGUAGAAGCAGGUGUCAGAGUCCCCUUGAGCACGGUCCCCCAAGGUGGCCGUGUUGAAGCCAGUUCAGAAAGAAUCAUUCAGCAGUCAGAUUUACAGGAUGAAAGCUUAAUCCUUAGAGGAGGACAGCUAGGGACCCUGGAAUCUAUUCUUCACAGUUCCUCUCAGACUGUGUUUGGCAAUCCUCAGUGCCCACCUGAUUCUGCACCCUGUGUGGAAGAAAACCAAGCCCUGGGAAAAAGCCAGGUCCUGGAGGAUCCAGUUGUUGACUCACUGACCAACGACAUGUUCCAGGCAGCAUGCCUGCUCUGUGAAUUUUCUGACAGUGGACGGAUGUGACCUGCCUGCAGAUACACUCCAUGUGCCUGCAGUUCCCCAGGAAAUACCCCAUUGCUUCCUUUUUUUCCCUUUUUUUUAAUAGAAGGGGAAUUUGACAGGGAGAGGAAUAGAGUCAGGGAGAAGGAAGGAUGGAUGUGUGUUGAAUGGUUACAAAGUUUGGUUUAGUUACAGUUCUAGUAAGAAUUUUGCAAAGGCUAGAAGAAAGCAAAGGUGCACUGUGGACUGCAGUUUUUUCCUGGAGCUGUCUGAAGCUGCACUGUAAAUGUUAAAAUUAUCAAGGCACUGGUUCUGUGGCAGUAACAUAGAUCUAAUCAUACCACUGACCAGAUCCGAGUCCUUGGUUACAUCAUGAAGGUAAAUGAAACUCCUGUGCUCAAAGGAGUAAAAUUUGGUUACAUUGCCUUGCAGUGGAUAUUGGAUAACCUUUUCUCAAGCUUGGAAAAUAAGGUCUCAGUAAGUGCUGGUAAAAUACUGCUGUUUCUUAUCCCUGCCUUCCUGUUGUACUGCAGGGUGUAACUUCUGGAGUGUUCCACACUCCCUAGUGCCACAGGUGACACAAACUGGAGCACAGCAGAAUGUUCAGUGCUAGGCCAUGCCAUUGUAUUGGUGUUUAAUAAGUAGCAAGGCAGGCCCUUCAUGCAGGUUUAAACCAAUCCUGCAAGUUAUAGGGUGGGGUUUUGGGUAUUUUUCUGAAGUGUUACUGUUUUUAAAAAAAUCUGUAUUGCAAAAUGCAUCCCCAUUGCCAAACCUCCAGGAUAUACAGGAGGAAGAUGCCUCCCUUACCUUUUGUUACAAAGUUUUCAAGUAAAGAUUUUCACUUAUUGUUUC